AUGUUAAUUACAGAAAUUGAUGACUGUGGAUCAAUGGCAACUAUUAAACGGGCAUUAAUUACUAGGGAAGAUAUUCCAUUUAUGCCUGUCGAUAUUGAAGAAUAUAACGAAUAUAUAAAUAAUAUCCCACAUUAUGUUUUACGCCUCUAUGGCUAUCUCAUUAAUGGCCAAAAAGCUGUAGUAACCGUUUCAGGAAUUAAAGUUUUCUUCGAUAUUCGUGUUCCUGAUAAUGAGAAUACAAAGUUAUUUGAGUCCAUGAUAAAGGAUAUUCUUGUUAAAGGAAAAAAUGACGAAGGAGAAACAGUAGAAAUGACAGAGCUCCGAAUAGAAUAUGUGAAGGCUUUUCCAAUCAGGGGGUAUCAUCCAGAAAAAAAGACAUAUCUACGUAUUGUCACAACUACUACUAAGCAAAGAUCAAUCACUCUUGCAAUUAUUUUAAAUUAUAAUUUAAAAAUCGGAGAUGAGCACAAACUGGAAACUGCCUCAGAUGAUUUGAGAGCAUAUUACCGAAAAGUUGCUCGAGAGUAUAGAAUACUACUUUCUGGUUUUAAGCUUACAAUAAGAAAGGCUGAUCAAAUGAAAUUCGCAGAUGUUGCAAAAGAAUUAAAUAGGAAAUUGGAUUUAUCCCAUUACUUCGAAAAUACUAUUAAUGGACUUUGCGCCCGAUUUAUUAUGUAUGAUAAAAAAUACGAACCACCAUUUACCGACAAAAUCAUGAAAAUUACUGAUUCGGAUGAGAAAUAUAAACAGGUUGACACAUAUGCUCAAAAUAAGGCCAAGAAGUGGCUUGAAUCAUAUAUUAAGGAGAUAAAUUUGAUAAAUGAAAUCACUCCUAAAAUAAUAUCUAAUCAUGGAUAUGCUUACAAACACGCUUACAAGAAUACAAUCAAAACCGUGCAAUUUAUAUUAUAUCAGAAGAUAGGUAAUACUUAUGAGAUAUUUCAUGGGGAAUGGCUUAGUUUUGAGGAUUUUAAGGUGACUAAUACUGUUAAGAGAUUAUGGGAAAAUUUUAUAGAGUAUGCCAAAGCAUAUACCGAAAAUGAUAAUCUUUUGGUAAGUGAUAAAAUAAAAGAAUCCAUAUACUCUGAUUUUGAAAAACAUCUAAAUAUACUUAUCCCAAUUAUCGAGAAAUAUGAUGUUUUCUUUCAUAAGUUGAUAUAUCAUAUGCGAUAUAAGGAGCAUAUAUCAAUUCCAGAUAAAAUUGGUCAACCUGAGACUAUGAGAAAAAAAGAGAUUAUUACCAAGCAACCUACCUUAUCCAAUAUAACUAAGCUGAUCAAAGGGCACUUGACGAUUUUCUAA